CACGCCGCAGGGCAACAGAACCAAUGUGAAGUCUGCCUAUUCCUCCUUUCCUUGAGCACUUUUCCUGAGCACCAACUGUAUACCAGACAGUACCCCUAGAGGUGCUCUGGAGGUAACAGAUGCAGGGUUGAGCAGGACAGGACACAGAAAGCACAAGCUCUGUGAGGGAGGGACGUUUUGUCAGCUUUGUUCACUUGCAGCUUCUGGCACACAGAAACGCCUUCAGUACUGAAAGCACGGUUGGUGUUUACGGCCUGUUCAGACACCUUUGAUUAAAAAGGUGAUUGCACAAUUAACUGAUGACUGUUGUGAAUGCUCCAGAGGAGAUAUGCCAGGCCCAGGCUGUCCUACUUAACCAGCUGGCUCUUAAUCUUCCCAAAUGCCACAAACUUCUUCAUUGCCCUGGAUUUACCCCUGGGAAGACUGAGGGACAGAGGACAGUCUAGACAGCCGAACCCUUUCUUACUUUGGGGGAGUCCCAGCCUGCAACAUUCUGCCCCUACUCUUUGGUUACCUCGUGUUCACGGUUCAGGUCUCCAGCAAAGGGCACCUCCUCCAGGAAGCCUUCCCUGAUCGUCUUCCCAACUCCCUGCUCCCCUGGUUAUGAGUCUGUCUCCCCUGCUGACUGCGAAACCCUGAGGACGGGAAGCAAGUGGACUCUGUUCCUCCUCAUCUACCUUUAGUACCUGGCUCUGCCUGGCAACAGGGUCAAGAGCAAAUGAAUGUUGGUUGAAUGAAUAAAUGAGAGCAUACUGAGCAGAGUGGAAAGGUGAGUGGCCCUGGGGCAUUAUGGGUAACAUCCUUCUCACCGGUACUCAUGUCUGCAGCACACUGGUAAGAGAGGCAGAGCGUGUGAGGAUCCUGGAGGCUGACUUUAUGGUGCUGCGGGGUGACUGGCGGGUCCUCCUCUGCCCGUGCCCCGCUCCCUGUGCCUCUCGCAUGAUGCUGUCACAUUCUAUGGCAGAAUUUUGUGUCUGUCUCAAAUGGGUGUGGGUUUUGGAGUCAAUUCAUUUGGAGUGCAACCAGAUGAACGUUGCUGAGCCUCAGUUUCCUCAUCUGCAAAAGUGAUGGAAGAGAGCCUGCCAGGAAGUCACUGUGAGUAUUCCAGUGAGUGGGAUCACUGGGUAACGCCUCCAGCCCACGGCCCGGCACAGAGUAGGUGCCGGCACACCCCAGCGGUGCACCCUAGGGCUGGCACGUUGUUUCUGCAGGCCUCCACCCCCCAUCUGGAAAGGAGGUUAACGAGAGCCCCAGCAACUGAGGAACAUGGUUUAAGGCAGACAGAACUCAGCCCAGCAGCUGGCACCUAGCAGGUACUUGUGAAACAAGUACCUUGUUAAACAGCAGGUGACAUUCAGGGAGCGCUUCCUCCAGGCAGGCACCGUCCCAAGUUCUUACACCCCAGUCUAAUGCUUUUCUCUUAAUACUAAAAGUAAUUCCCGCUGUCAUUCCGAUGUUCAAAUGAUGCCAGGAAGCUAUCAAGUGUCAGAGCUGUGCCUGAGGAGCUGGGGUCCAGAGUUUCCAUGGCAACCCCCCGGCCAAAUGUCCAGAGCUUCCCGAGGGUGGACACUGGGCCUUCUUUGGACCUCCUUGGGUGCCUGUGCAUAGUAGGUGUGCUGAAUAGAAUAGAGGCUAUGGUACCCCGUGCAGCUCCCGGGGACCCUCUGAGUAUGAGGGGGAAAGAGUCCUCUGGGGUAGAAUACAGCCUCCUGCCAGGCACCCUGGGUAGGUUGUGGCCAGCCUCUGCUCCCUUUCCCAGCCUGGUCUGUCCUAUUGCCGGUGAGUGGCCCUAGUCCCCCUCCCCUGACGUGGCCCAGCCCCUCCUCUCCAGCCUUGGCAACCCAGCCCUCAUUGGCUGCACGUAUCCUUGGAGAUGGACACCAGCAGAGCAAACACAGGCCUAAGAAGGGCUACGGGGCAGAAUGGUUCCUCCCUCUCCUCUCCUUCCCCCUCACUGCCAUGAGGGAUCUGUGCACCACCCAGAACCAAGCCUGCUGGCAAGAGUGCAUCCGGAAGGAGGCCGCAGCCCAGGUCGCCUGGAAGAUCCACUAUGGCCACAAGUACCUAAAGGGGGGGCCCACGCCCAGGAAGCGGGUCCAGCGGGCCCCCUUCGGCUCAGCCUUGGCUGCCACCAGCUCCCCUGAGAGCAAGAGGGUACAGGUCAGGUGGCCAGAGUCCAAGGGGGUCAGGGAUCAGCUGUCUGGGGGAGGGGGUGUCCAGGGCCCGUCGCCCAAGGGAAACAAAGUCUGGGAGGCCCAAAGAGCAACUCAAGGGCCGUCAGUCCAGCCCAAGCCAGAGGGCUUAGAAAUGAGGCAGGUUCCCCCCAGCACCCUGCAGUUGUUCUUCCAAGGCCUCUCUCACGAUGGCCAAGGCCGGGCCUUGUACCUCCAGGAGCGGCAUCGCCAGAAGCCUGAGGAGAAGUUUCUGUACCCGAUCCUGUCAUCCUGGGAGUACGGCUGGCACGUAGGGGACACAGGUGCCAUGAAGGACACCAGGGCUCCGACUUAUGCCAGGCGCCAGCCCAUCACAAAGACCUUUUACAUCAAAAGCGGCGUCUUCCAUUUUCCACGGCGAACAGACCAGCUAAUGUGAACUCGCUGGGGGUUCAGAAGCUGCUCCUGCUUCUUCCUAUCAUCUGUGUGGACCCUGCCGAGCAGAGAUGCUGCCAGCCCCAGCCACCCUCCCUCUGUUGUGUCCAGCCCUGUCUCCUGUCUACCUUGGGCACCCCUCCAGGAUUCACGGUGGCCCACCUGCUGCCUCUUGUAUGUCCUCAGAGAAUCAGCUCCUUGCAGAGCCCCCAAACCCUCCAUCACCAGCAACGUGUAGGGUGCUAGCUGCUCUCCUGGGGAGAAACAGUGGGGUCUCCCAUGUGCUCCAGCAGCAGAGUGGUGGGGGUGGGGGUGGGGGGGCAGGGGAGGGGCUCACUAAGAUCUUAUUAUGGUGCUAAGUGGAGGAGGGGACUCUCUCCCAGUCUUUACUUGCUCUUCAUUUUAUCAAAGGGACCCACAGCAGAAUUGCUUGGUCCCUGUGUAUCCCACAGUUUAGGGAAGAAGUGGUUUCCAUGUUGACUUGCUGUUUCUCUCACCACCCACCCCACAAAGAGCCUGCAUGGGUCAGGUUUGCUUUGCUGCUGUAACAAACAGCCACUACAUCCCACUUGCUUUAACCAGUAAAGAUAUAUUUCUUACAACACA